GGACGUAAGGCUCCAUGUUCGCCCGUGAAAGCGAUGCGGUGUGCCCGCGGUUAGGGCGUGCAGUUCUCGUGUUCCUCGUGCGGCAUCGCGGCAUUUUUUUUUAAUCAAACAAACAUACGAAACAAGCAAGAUAAUAGGAAGCUUUGUAAAGCCGCUCGGUCGAUCGGUAUUUAAAUUCGCGAUUGAACCGGGGAUUAAUUCGUGAUUUGGUGAGUGUGAUAUACGUUUAAUGGUGCAAAGACGCUGGGCGUCGUGGGUUGACGAUAAAUACAAGUGUGCGUUUAAGUGUGUGCGUGUGCGUGCGUGUAUGCCUGUGUACGUGUGUGUGCGUUAACGAGAAAGAGAGACAGAAGAGUCUCGACGACGACGACGACGACGUCGUCGAGGAGGACGAGGACGUCGAGUUUUAGUGCGUCGGUGGAUAUUCGUCGGAGCGUGUUGUGUAGUCUCUUCUCCUUUUCGCGCCCCCCCUGACGUGAUUUUAAAGCGACAACGGUCAACGCGAAUGCACCAAUUGUGAGCCACGAACCAAGUUAAAUAACAAAAGGAGAGAAGACAUCAAAAAACGAGCAAAUAACAAUAAUAAUAAAGACGUGAGAGGACGGAAACCCGCCAAACACGUCGAUCGUGUCGCGAUUCCGCGCGCCCGAGACACAGAAAGAAAGAGCGAGACAGAGCGAGUGAAAAAGCCGAGUGUGAGCAAGAGCUAGAGAGAAAAAUAUAAAAAAUAAAAGUGCGCGUCCGGGGGAAGGGGGAGAAAGAUCAGAGCCUUAUCGUCGUCUGCCGGCGCGCCUCCCAGCGGACGAUCUACCUACACGCAGAGAUCGUUUCCAAGUGCGCGUCAAGUGACAAAUAAAAAAGAAAAAACCCCGAAUACACGAGGAUAGAUCGCGUGUGUAGCCUCGGAGAAUAUUGACGAAGUAACUGUGAAAAAGGAACAAAAAAUAUACUGCAGCGGAGCUUAACUCGGUGACAACGAGGUUUGUGACGUCGAAAGAUCGAGCCGGAAAGGGCCGGGAAGCUGCGGAUUCGUCGUGAAAUAUUUGGAGUCAAAGGCACAGGGAGAUCGGUCGUGUCCCCUUGACUCUCCCUUCUGACUCGGGUCCUCCUCUUUCCGUGUGCCUCGCAUGCUUCGGAGACGGGAGGGAGCAAAGGAUUAUGAGAGGGAGUUAGAGCGACGAGGGAGAAGGAGUUAAAAGACGCGGAGAGGCGGCAAGAGCGGAGUUUCGGAGGGUGUCAAAGCGAGAGGAAUUUGGCUGUCUCUCCCCGAGUCCAUCACUUUUUCCUUUCGCAUGCAAGCUCAAAUUGACCAAGAGAACGAGCACGGGCCGGGGGUUGGAGUGACCCGAAGGGGGGGCGGACGAGGAGGCCGAGGAGGCGGAGGUCGCGGCGGCGGCGGAAGGCGAAGGAAAAAGCAAGUGACCAAGCCCCGAGACGAGUCCGGUACGUAAGCGAUUGAGAAAAGGACGGGACGAAAAAUCCUCGCCGAGAGCCCCGCGCCCCCGCAGCGAUCAGCCUCCGAGCUGCGCUCGAAUGAGCCCGAAUCACAAUUGAAUAUCGCCCAUUUUAUUUCGACGCUUUUAUCGCGAGUGCAAUCUCCGGCUCGCCGACCGAGUUUUCCUCGUGCUUCGCUCCCGUGCUCUCCCUCGCAGUGUCAGUGCACGCCCGCUCCCCCCCGCUCCCCCCUCCUCUCCCGCCCCCUCCCUCCCUCUCCCGCGGCUCCCUCUAAAAUAGUGCAAAAAAGCAUCGAGUUGUGCGGCAAAGUGUCGUCGGGUGAUCGUCCCUCGCGUCACGAGAGGAUUAUACGAGGAGGGCUCCCUUGGUGCCCCAUGUUGUGAGCCUUCGAGAACUGCCGAAGGCAGAAAAAAGUGGGUACGCGGGCAUGGAGUAUGGCGGUGGUGGCGGUGGCGGCCGAGGCGGCGUACAGCCACCAUCGAGCGGCGUUGCCGGCGGUGCUCGGGGACCGAUCGCUGGUACCGACACUACCGACGCCGCCUGGCACAAACACGAACAAAUGAUCCUCAUGGAGUCCAGGCACAAGCAACAAUUGAGCGGACGAACGGGAACCGGCGGUGCGCCGCUCUACGGUCGACUCGUCGCCGAGGAACCUCUGCCAGCCGCGGUAUGUGGCACCGGCGGAGCCGGCGGGGGCGUCGGCGUUGGCACCGGCGGCGUCAGCCAAGAAACACCGGGGGACGUUCACGCCAUGCAAGCCAGGAUACCCCAUAGGUUUCGGGAUCCAGCGACAGCGCCCCUCAGAAAGCUCAGCGUCGAUCUCAUUAAGACGUACAAACACAUCAACGAGGUUUAUUAUGCGAAGAAAAAGAGAAGAGCGCAGCAGAUGCAGGGCGAGGAUGGGUCUCAUAAAAAAGAAAGAAAACUCUACAACGACGGAUGGGACGACGACAACCACGAUUAUAUUAUCAAGAAUGGGGAGAAAUUUUUAGAUCGAUACGAAAUCGAUUCGUUAAUAGGUAAAGGCAGCUUCGGCCAAGUAGUAAAAGCUUUCGAUCACGAGGAGCAAAAUCAGGUGGCAAUAAAAAUCAUCAAGAAUAAGAAGCCUUUCUUAAAUCAAGCGCAAAUCGAAGUUAGGUUAUUAGAGAUGAUGAAUAGAGCGGAUACCGACAACAAGUAUUAUAUAGUUAAACUGAAAAGGCACUUCAUGUGGCGGAACCAUUUGUGUCUGGUAUUCGAACUGCUGUCUUACAACCUCUACGACCUACUUAGAAAUACGAAUUUCCGAGGAGUGUCGUUGAACCUAACGAGGAAGUUUGCCCAGCAACUGUGUACUGCCCUACUGUUCCUGUCCACACCGGAAUUGAACAUCAUACACUGUGAUCUGAAGCCCGAGAACAUACUCUUGUGCAAUCCCAAGCGAAGUGCGAUAAAGAUAGUCGAUUUUGGAAGCUCGUGUCAGCUCGGACAGAGGAUAUACCAGUACAUUCAAUCCAGGUUUUAUCGGUCACCCGAAGUCUUACUGGGAAUCCCGUACGAUCUCGCGAUAGAUAUGUGGAGUCUUGGAUGUAUCUUAGUUGAAAUGCACACAGGUGAACCUUUGUUCAGUGGGGCCACCGAGCUUGACCAAAUGAACAAAAUAGUUGAAGUGUUGGGCAUGCCGCCCAAGCACAUACUGGACCAAGCGCACAAAGCGCGGAGGUACUUCGACAAAGUCCCAGCGGACGGCUCUUACGUGCUUAAAAAGCCGAAGGACAAGAAGUACAAACCCCCGGGUACGAGGCGGUUACACGACAUACUUGGUGUGGAGACGGGAGGUCCGGGUGGUAGGAGAUUAAACGAGCUCGGUCACUCGGUCUCCGAUUACCUCAAAUUCAAGGAUCUUAUACUGAGAAUGCUCGACUUUGAUCCAAAAACGCGUAUAACGCCGUAUUACGCGUUGCAGCACAAUUUCUUCAAGAGAACAGCCGACGAGGGGACCAACACCAAUAUCGCCGCUGCAAACAGUGCAAAUACUAGUCCAGCGGUGGUGUCGAUGAGCCAGGAUAGCGGACUGGUAACGAUGUCAGGGCAAGGCAGCGGAGGCGGAAGUGGAGGCAGCGGAAGCGGCGGUGGUGGUGGUGGGGUUGGCGGAAGUGGCGGUAGCGGAAGCGCCGUAGGUGGCAGCACGAGCACCAGCCUUAUAAUGCAAUCAGCGAGUUUACCAGGUGGCUAUCAACCGAUGGAUUGCGGGGAAUCAUCGCCUCGUCAAUCGUCGUCGAGCCGACGUGCCAUUACGACCGUUUAUCCCUCAUCAUCAUCGACAACCGGCGCUACAACUUCGGCCCCAACGUCCAUACAAACGAUGGACAAUACUAACCUGAUACCAAGCUCUCUUGGCUCUUACAACAGCCUUAUUCUCCCCGGUAUACCUCAUUUACCUGCCAUGAUGACGUCACCGAUGAUACAUCAGCAGCAAAAUUUUUACAACUACGGGUAUCCGAGCGGCGAUACUCACGGCAUGGUGAGGCAGCCGUCGUCGGUUUCGACGGGAAAGCAGCGAGAUCCCGAGAGAGAGGACAGUCCGAUGGUCGGCGUUUGCGUACAACAGAGCCCUGUCGCUAUUCAUUGAAUACCGAGCUACGCAAAGAGUACGAAAUUUUUACACCGAGAAUCCGCCAGCCGAUCGUCAAUCCCGAACUCUCCUCGUGCUUCAGAUAUCCACUGAGCGAGAGUUUAUUUUAAAAAAACGUAUAAACAAUUCAUUAAGAUGGACGCCCGAGACUAACGCGAAAUAAUAGAUACGAAUUAAAUGGAAAGAAUAUCGAGUUGCAGUUACGCGACGAGCUUCGAUCCCCGGAAUAUGUCAUGAGCUUCGUCAUCGACGGGGGAAGGGAUACCUUUCGAUCUCUGGAUAUCAUAUCGUCGGGUAACAAACGCCUUACCAUUUGGGAAGCGUCGUCCUCCUUUUCUAUAUCGGAAGGGAGAGAUUAUUACGAGAAUGAGGAGAAAAACAAACAAACAAAUAUUAGUGUUUACGCAACAACCGCGAGAAAGUUAUGCCAAUAGCAAUUUAUCGAAUAUCCUCGUUGUUCGAGGGAUCGGGACACUCGUGCACGCAAUUACGUACACCUGAAUUGGCCGACGCUACCUUCACAAUCGUGUUCGGAUAUAACGGAGAGACAAGAUUUUUUACCGCAUGAUUAUUCGAUACGGAAAAACCGAGAGAGGAUCCUGAUUGAGAGUGUGGCUCAUUUUUUCCGUCAAUCAUUUACUUUUCGAAGCAAACUCUGAGCUUGACGACGUUUCUAAUGACGGAUGUAGGAAAGAUAAUUGAAUGAGAAAGAUCAAACAAACUGGAAUAUGGAAUAAUAGAGAGACGGGGGGGAGGGGGGGGGGGGAGAAGGUACAAUGAGCACAUAAAAUGCAUGAUUAAUGAGAGGAAAAAGCGUCAGAAUCGACCGUUGGUGUACGAUUACUUUUUUUCUCUUUCAACUUUUAUUUUUCUUUUUCCUACUAUGUUUUUUGUUUCUUCAUUUUUAACCAAGUUGACUUGCGCUGAGAUCAGGCGCGAAGGAUGAGAUUGAAAAGGGUAAGAGAAAACGAGAACGGUGGUGGACACGCUUUGGCAAACGUUUCGAGAGCACCGUCUGACGACAAAGAAAAAAAAUAUCUAUGUCUAUGUGCAUAUAUAUAUAUAUAUAUAUAUAAAUCACACGUAUUUAUAUAUAUAUAUACACACACAGAAUAUGUAUAAAUAUACAUAUACAUAUAGAUACAGGAAUAGAAGAGAAAAUAAAAAUAUUUAAAAAAAAAAACAAAACAACGGCCUAGUGAGGAUGAACCCAGCUGGCCUCUCGGGUCCUGCCCGACAUUUAAACGGACAUUGCGAGCAAGUUUUUAAGUCGGUAAAAAGGGGGGAAAAACGAAAAUAAAAACGAGUGCUUAAAUUCACAACAAUGAAGAAUGUUGAAAGAACGACGACGAGGGACGAAGUAAGAUGGAAACAAAAACUUGGCAUCCAAAACUGUGUGGCCUAGAGAGCAAAAAAAAGUGAUAACUACUAUUACUAAUGCGUAAAAAAGAAGAAAAAACACAAAAGAGAGGCGAAAAUUCAUGAAUUAAAGAAAUAAUAAAAUAACAGAACAAAAAAAAACAAAAUGCGCGAGAGAGAAAGAAAGAUAACGAUGUAAUCAUGUACUCCGAUAGAGUUUUAUACACGAUGUCACGAAUGUAAUGGUUUAGCGAAUAAUGCAAGAGCGAAAGAGAAAGAGAGAGAGAGAGAGAGAGAGAGCGCGAGAGUCGUCGGUUUGAAUGCUAGAUAUUUGUACAAUACACUUAGGUGAAUGAUUAAGAGUGCAGCUUUAGGAUUUUAGCCUAUAAGUAUAAAAAGAAAAAAAAACAACAACAACAACAACAAGAAACAACUACAAAAAGAAAUGUGAACUCGGCUCUUUUUAUUUACUUGAACGGGGGGGAAAUACGAAAGCGGGAGAGAAGAAAUAACACGGUGAUUGCCAAACGGGGCAAACGCCUUGCGCUAGCGCGUCAGUUUGUUGCUGAACAAGGACUUUAAACAAACCGGUAUGUCUAGCGCGGCUUAACAAUACAUAUUUAUACAUAAAGCAUUAAUAAGAAAGUUAAAGUAUACAUGUAAGGUUGAUCAAGAAUGGUAUAAUCAUACGAAAACGAAAAAAAUUAUUAAAGCAAAAAAAAACAACGUAAUAAGAAAGAGAAAAAAGAAAAUCGGAAAAAAAGAUAAAGAACUAGGUACUUUAUAAUAAACAAUACACGCGUUAUCGCAUACAUAUGUUUCCAACGCAUUGUCAUUGAUUUUUGCCGUUUGUUCUUAACGACACCGCUUGUAAUGCUACUUCCGCGAAUGAAACGAGAGAUACACGCGUUGAGAAUAACGACGAGUAUUUAAAAAUGAAAUAUAAGCUGAAUUUGUUGUGGAAUGAAACAACUCGGAGGAGGUCCGUUGAAUCAAGAAAAAUACGGUUAUUGUGAGCGAUAUGUAAUGUCAAGUUUUUUUACACGUUUUCGAAACGACGAUAAGCAUUGCCGAAAAAUUUACUUGCUUCAAUAACGUCGAGUUUUUGCUAAUUGUCGAUUUGUACUUUUGUAACGGGCUUUUUCUGAAUAUUUCAUCUUCGAUAUUGGAUUUAAACGAAGAGAAUUUUUGCUAAUGCUCAGUUUAAGUGACGAUUUGAGUACGUGAUUCAAAAUUUGGAGGUAAAUAUCAAAAAUUGAAACGAUAAAGAAUCGAAGGAUCAUGUGCGCGCGGAAAAGUAAUUUUCGGCAAAUUAGAUUUCAAUCCUAUCGUUUUGGUGUCAGAGUUUCGACUCAGUGGAUGUUCUCUUUUUUGUUGUUCAUUUAUUUAUUGGGACACACUAUGGAGAAUGGAAAAAAAAUAUCGUGCGACGAAUACAAUUGAUUUGAAAAAGUUGUGAUGUUCUUUCCAUUGCAAACGAAUCACUCACAUUCUCCAAUGCUAUCCGAUCGAUUCUUAAACACAUUAUAUUGUAGAAAAAGUCUUGUCGAACAUUCGAAUACGUGAAAACGAAAAAAUGUGUUUGUAAACCGAGUAUAAUAGUCACGAGAAUUAUGAAAAUAACCGUAAUUUUUUCCUCAACGUGAUAUUGCGAUUGGUACGGUCCGUGUACGGAGUAAUGCUUCCACAAAACAAGUACUGGGCGCCUUUUUUUCAUAGAGGACACAGAAAACUUCGUAUACGGACGAGGAAUAAUGUAAAGAAGAAAAAAACGAAAAAUCCUUGACGUAGUUCAAUAUCUAAGUACACGAUUCGACGAAACUUCCGAUUAUUUUAUUUUAUUUCUUUUCAUUGACGAGAUAUAAAAAGUGAAAACACGAAAUUUACUGUAAAAUUUUUCGAACUAACGGCGUUGAUAUCGUUCGAUGAUACAUUGCCUUUUUCACGAUCGUUUUUAUGUUUUUUUUUUUUUUCUUGUACCUGAUCGAUAGGCGCUAUCGCGAUACCGAGAUUUUUUUCGUAGUCGCGCAAAAGAAAAAAAUGAAAGACGCCGGAGUCUUUGCGAGCGUAUUAAAAAAAAAAAAAAAAAAAAACCGGCAACUGUUAAAUCCGACUGUGAAAUCCGGGUUCGAAACGAUGAAAAAAAUAACCAAUGACUCGUUGCAUCGUAAAAAACGAUAAAUUCGACUUAUUUUGUCUUUUUAUUAUUAUUUUUCCCCCGAUCAUCUUUGAUCGAGUCCGAAUGGUACGAUCGAUGAAUGGUGAAAGAGACAAACAAACAAAAACCAAUGUAUUUAUUGAGGGUGUUGUAGCACGGACUGAAAUAAUAAGAACUAACGGUAAUACCAUGUAAAUAAGCAAGUCAUGCGCAUAGUCCAAUGCAGAUAACAAAACAAAGCAAGAAAAAAACCAAUAAAAAUACGAAAUUGAAUAAAUAAACAAAUAAAAACAUUGAAAGAACAAAUCAUUCGAUCGCUCUCAGCACACGUAACGUUCAAACACAGAAACCACUAAACUUCGUUCGCAAUAUAUUUUUUAAGAAAUCUCUUCGGAGUGUGAAAAUACAGUGGCAAAAAUACAGAGAGAGAGUUUGAAUGAGUAUUGAUAUUCAUGAAAUAUCCGUGCUCCUCAAUUCGCGAGAGAAACGUGAGAAACGACACCAUAACUUAAAAAACAGUAAGUCACCAUAGAGAUUUCGAAUAUUGCGUACGAGUCCAAAGUGUUUCAAGAACACACGAAGUACGAUAAAACGAAAUAAGAAAUAAAAAACUGAAGGGGGAUAAAAGUUAAAAUCGUUCAUCGCAUUUGUAGUACAUCGAAGAAAAAAAAAUAAUAAGCAAAAACAAACAAACAAACCGUACAAUGAAUGAGUUCAUCUCGCACGCUCGCAACGGAAAAAACGCGAAUUUAUUAGCCGCCCGUUACGCCGGCUCGUAUACCGUGUUUUAUUUUUGCGGUAAAACAAAAAUAAACGAAAAAAAAAACAAACAAACCACAUGAAAAUGGAGAGAAAGAGAGAAGUAACGUGAAUUAAAGAAGAAUAAUUUGUAUAUUUUUAUACAAGUCGAUAAAACUACGUCGAUUAUUAUGAUCUGCCGACACAAGUGAUCGCAAUGACACAUAAAAAUAUCUUAGGGAAUUCGUACGAUCGCGCAAUUAUCAUCAAUACAUUCUCGUCAUACCGUGCAUUUAUAUUAAUUUUCGAAUAUUCAUUCAAAACAAAUAUAUAUAUAAAUAUAUAAAUUACAUACACGUACACACACAUUUUCAUAGCGAAAGAAAGAAAGAAAGAAAGAAAGAAGCAAAACCAAAACUGAAUCGCAAUGCGCAGUCAAAUUCAGUAUUUGCGUCACGGUGUAUCAAGUUUUUCAGCUCAUUACGAUGUACCGAAAAGUAAAAAAAAAAAAAAAAAAAAAAAAAACAAGCAAACACGAAAGAGAAGAGAAAAGCUGGUCGAUGCAUUUGAAAUUUUUUUUGUUUUCUGUUCACCAACAGAACUCGCUAACGCCAACGUUCUCGAACAUUUCUGUCCUGAGAUAUUUGCCUGUCACGAAGUUUUGGUACGUGCUGUAUAUAUUAUUUUAUUUAGAACUACUAAAUUUAAUGGCAAACAUGGAUAAACUCUGUUAACGAAAAUAACUUGAAGAAAAAAAUAAAUAAUAAUUUAUAAGCCAACAAAGAUAUAGUGAAAAACAACAAUGAAAGGAAUGUACUUGUGUGUAUGAUUUCGAAAGAACUUUUCUCGUCCGGGUUCUCAGUUCUGUACCCAAAAAUCUCUUGCGCUAUGGACCGAGAUGAUUUUCCUUUCGAACUUUGAAUUUUUGUUGUCAAGUCACGUUGCUAUGCGCGUAUAUUAUUUUCUCCAAAGGUACACAGAAAAACGGGCGCCAAUUUUUCAACGACAUGAAAUUUUAGUGUCGCAGACUGAAUAACAAAAGUAACUAAAGAAAAAAUAAAAAACAAGCAAACGUACUUUAUAAAAAAUACCACCGGAUAGCUAGAAAUAUCGAAUUGUAAGUUCCAUUGAAAAUAGCCGAAUUGCUGCCCUUCGCGAAAUGUAUAAGCGUGUAAACAUAAAAAUUCAUCGAUUUUUAUUCGAGAAUUACCUAUAAUAUGCGAAACGAGGAGAAAAUAGUCUGUGAAAUUUUUGGUGAAAAUUGUUCGUCAAUUUGGUUCUUUGACGAUUUUUGGGUACGGAAUAAAUGUCUGUUAAAAACAUUGGAGCAUUUCCUCUCGCGAUAUAACGUGAAUGAACCACGAAUUUGAAUGGAAUUGUUUAUGUUCAGCUGAGCAAUCUGGUUUGUGGUGAAUAUUUUUAGCGAAUGCGAAAAAUAAUUUUGCGUAAGUAUGCACACCGCUCGGUACGAGGGUCGGUAACGAAAUUUCGAAAAAAAUCUUAUUAAAUUAUUUUCCCCCAGGCCGAACGGGGAUUCGAAAAAUGCUAAAUCGAAACUGUCAGGUUUGACAUUUCGUUGAAACGAAACCGAAGUUUCUUAUUUUAUUUUCAUGUGAACACUCGUUUGAACGAACAAGAAUAAUGACAACAAGUAAAAAAGACAAAUAUUUCACUCGAAUGAAAAACUCGGCCUAGAACGACGUGAUUUUUCGUAAAACAUUUUUCCCAGUGCGAGGCUUCGAACUUCUCUCGAUGCGGAGAUUUUUCUCAUACGGAUUUGGUUUUGUGGUACACGCUUCUAUUCAUUCCAUCGAUUUAUUAUUUUUCCUUAAAUAUUUUGCCUGCAAAUGCGAAAUUAAUCAUUUUGUGCGAUCAAGAUUUGGAGACUUUGGUAUUCCGGGAAACUCUAAAGCGAGAUGAGUCCUCAGAAAAAAUUGUUCAACGAAUUUUUCUUCUUAUCGCCGAGUAUAAAACUAUGGUCGCACCAAAUUUCUAUUUCUUUUUAAUAAUCAAGAGAAAGAGAGUCUCGCCACUUAAAAAUUCGUUGCAAAAUGUAAUUGUAUUUGAAGCGAUGAGACGGACGAGGAAAAAUGUCAAAUAAUUUACAAGUGCUGGCCGAGAGAGGCGUGUGAAAAAUAAUAUCGAGACAAAGCCUUUUUUAUUCUCUCACGAGUCUCUGAUUUACCGAAUGUACAUAUUUAUUCACGAUUUUUACUUAAUUUUUGUCACCUCUCCGACUGCCCAAAAAAAUGUCCGUAACUGCUUUAAAUAAUUACGAAAAUGCAAUUGGGCCCGAUUGAGAAACCUUCGUAUCACGAGAUAUUUCACGAAAAAAAAAAAAAAAACAAAAAAAAAAGUCGAAACAAAAACAAAUAGAAGAGGAUUGAGCAGUGUAGAAGAAUUUCGAGUGGAAAGUAUUCACGUGUUCGAGAGACUCAAUUCCGCUGCGAUUGUAGUUCCAAAACAACAUCACUGUAUCGUCGCUGAAAGUACGUUUUUUUCACACGCUAAGUAAACAAAUAAAACAACAACAACAAAAAGAAAAAAAAAGUACGAAGUUAUAUUUUACCGGUGUAAGAACUUUUCGAGUCGAUUGUUCGACCGACGUUUUUCACAGUUUCCUGUAAAUAUGCUAUCACUUUUCUCCGUAAAAAUUGAAACUAGACCGUCUCUAAACGAACGAAAAAAACAAACAAAAUAUAAAUGAAUAAAAGUCUCACGGAAAAAUCUACCAACCGGUUGAAAAAUAGUGUGUCAAACAUACGGAAGUGGGUUUUUACAAAAAAAAAAAAAGGAAAAAAAACAAAGAAGGUUAAGAAAAGAAGGAAAACACGAAAUAAAAUGCGAGAAUUCCCGUUUCCCCCUUGCUAUAACAACGCUCGAUAAUAUAUGAUUUACUUCGAACAAAGAAACGAGAAAUAAACAACAGCAACAAACAAAAAGAUACAUAAACGAGAAUAACAAGAAAAACCGUUUUACAAACGUGCAGCGGCCAGAGUGAAAUAAAAUAAGUUUCCUAACGUCAUCUGUAAAACAUUGUGUUCAGAAAAAAUAUAUAUAUAUACUAUAAUACGACUGAUAUGUUCCGACCGGGGACUAGUAUGCGGCGUUCGAGAAUUAGUGAGAAUGUGAAAGAAUGAAUUCAAAACAUUUAACGAGUGAAAACACAAAACGAGAGAGAGAACCAGCACCGUCUCGAUUGUCGAAUGCUCGCCACCGUGUUUAGGGCGCAAAUUAUAAAGAAUGAAUGCCGUAACUGAAUUAAGAUGAAGAAGGAAAAACACAACCGACUUAUUAACACGAAAAGACGUAAAACUCCAUACAAGAUGAAGAUAUAAAAUUGUAUCUAACCUGUAUACAUUGACAUAUUAUUAUUAUGAUUAUGAUUAUUAUUAUUAUUAUUAUAUAUAAUAUUGUAAUUAAGAAUUUGAAACGAUAUUACAUAAGGUUAAUAAUAAACAAACGCAUCUUCACCUUU